UUGUACGCGCAGACUUUGAGUUGUGCCGUUGUGAUCAGUUCGAUGUGCGGUUCAUUUAAAAUUUGACCGCUGUUCGGGCAGCACGUAAUUCCACCCACCACCCCCACAGUUGUUCAUACGCAACGUCGGGUAGUUCAUAGACAGUCUAUUCUCCAUUUGCAUGUGCCAACAUACAUAUGUAUAGAGUCGCGUUCGAAAUAAAUGCAAAUUUAUAAUUGAAGUGAAAAAAAAAAUUAAUCAGAGUACUACACUUAUAAUUAACGACACAGUUCCAUCCUCCCCAACGGUCAUUUUCUCUGUUUGGUUUUUGGUGUGUGUGCUUCAUCUUUGACCGUGGACUUGUACGAGUCUUUUAAGUUAGUUACGCCAAAUUCAUUGUCUAAGGCAAUUGUCUAAGAAAUUAACUUAAACUUGUGCCUCCAAAAUCCAAAAUGAUUACAAAAAUCUAUAGCACGAGUUUCAUAUUUGCUCUUUUAUUUCAAUUUUGCCUGACAAAACUACCUCCCUCCAUAGUUCCUUGUCAUCGAGAUAACCCUGAGUUAGAAAAAUGUAUUAUUGAUGCUGUGGAAAAUCUAAGGCCUCUGCUGGCAACGGGAGACCUAGGUGAGGGAUACCAAUCACCCCCGCUGGAACCCCUUUAUUUGGAUAACAUAGAGUUGGGUCGUGGUCGACAAUUUGAAGCUGUAUUCAGUGAGAUGAUGGUUAAGGGUGGCAGUAAUUUUAUAAUCAACAAAUUAUCAGCCAAUGCUACCAAUCUGUCCUUUGAUUUGGUAUUGACUCUGCCUAGACUGGAUUUUACCGGAAAAUAUUUCAUGAAGCUCAAUGUUUUAUUGAUAAAUAUACAAGGUCGAGGAAAUAUGAGAGGAUUUUGUGAAAAUGCCAAGGCUUUGGUGAAAAUUCGUGGUGUUCGUGUCCCCAUGCCCGAUGGUUUGGAGUAUGUCAGAUUUACUCGUUUACCCUUAAAAAUCAACAUCGAUGUUUUCAAACUACAUUUAGAUAAUCUCUUCAACGGUGAUCGUGUUUUGGGUGAAGUUGGCAACACCAUAAUCAACGACAAUCAAGAUUUGUAUCUGCAAGAGAUUAUACCUGGCCUGGAGCGAGGUUUAUCAAAGAAAUUCUUAGAUAUUGCCAAUAUGAUGAUGGCCAAUACAACUUUUGAUGAAAUGUUUCCUUUGUAGUGGAAUUAUUUGAGAUUUUAGUUGAGAUGUUGAAAGUAUUAUUUUAAUUUUAGU